AUGAGUGAAGAGAACGAUCCACUUUUGUCAGCUUUGCAAGGAGAGGAGAACACAAAUGAAAACGUCGCGGGAAACGAUGAGCAGCCCCAACAAAACCAACAAGAAGAAUCGCCAGAAGACCGCGAGAGAGCUAAAGCGUUGGCAAAGUUCAAAGAGAAAUUGAUUGAGCAUCGAAAAUGGGAUGCUCGUCUUAAAGAAAUGAGAUUGAGCAUGCGAGAUUUGGAGAAGACCUACGACAAGACAGAAAAUGAUAUCAAAGCUUUACAGUCUGUUGGCCAGAUUGUAGGCGAGGUGUUGAAGCAAUUAACAGAGGAAACAUACAUCGUCAAAGUGUCAAGUGGGCCACGUUAUAUUGUGGGCUGUCGUAACACCAUCAACAAAGAGAGCUUACAGAAUGGUGUCCGUGUCUCGUUAGACAUGACAACUUUGACCAUUAUGCGUAUAUUACCAAGAGAAGUGGAUCCAUUGGUGUACAAUAUGACGACGUUUGAACCAGGCGAAAUAUCUUUCAACGGAAUUGGUGGUUUAACUGAACAGAUUAGAGAGUUGCGUGAGGUGAUCGAGUUGCCUUUGAAGAACCCUGAGUUGUUCACCCGUGUGGGUAUAAAACCUCCAAAGGGUGUUUUGUUGUAUGGUCCUCCCGGUACAGGUAAGACCUUAUUGGCGAAAGCAGUGGCAGCUACUAUUGGAGCAAACUUUAUCUUCUCUCCCGCUUCGGCUAUUGUCGACAAGUACAUCGGAGAAUCGGCAAGGUUGAUCAGGGAAAUGUUCUCCUAUGCCAAAGAGCACGAACCUUGCAUUAUUUUCAUGGACGAGAUUGAUGCCAUUGGUGGAAGAAGGUUCAGUGAAGGUACUUCUGCCGAUCGUGAGAUCCAAAGAACCUUGAUGGAGUUGUUGAAUCAGAUGGAUGGUUUUGACACCUUGGGCCAAACGAAGGUAAUCAUGGCUACAAAUAGGCCAGAUACUCUUGAUCCCGCAUUGUUGAGAGCAGGAAGAUUGGACAGAAAGAUUGAAAUUGGAUUACCCAACGAGGCAGGCCGUUUAGAAGUUUUCAAGAUUCACACAGCUAAAGUUGCAAAGCAAGGUGAAUUUGAUUUUGAGGCUGCAGUGAAGAUGAGUGAUGGCUUUAAUGGUGCGGAUAUCAGAAACGUUGUCACAGAAGCUGGAUUCUUUGCAAUUAGAGAUGAAAGAGAUUACAUCAUUCAGAAUGACUUGAUGAAAGCUGUCAGAAAGGUUGCUGAUGUCAAGAAGUUGGAAGGUAAAUUGGAUUACGAGAAGUUGUAA